GCCCCUGCUUGCGCGUGGUCCCUCCCCCUCCGGCCGCGGUCGCAAUUACGCUCUCUGCGGCCUGCAGUCCACGGGUUGCUGCCGGCUGACGACGCAGCGCCAACAGGGACCGGAGGACCUUUAGGCUAAAGGGGUGAGCCAGCCAGGAUCCCGGAACCUUUCACAGCUUGAGACCGGCGAAAGGAAAUGAAACAGGCGGGAAUCGGCGGGGGAGGGAGGGAACUAGCGGAAGGUGUCAUGGCGGCCGCGCUCUGGGUCACGUGCCCGGCAGGCCCGCCUUGGUACUUCCGGUCACGUGCCCUCAGAGUCCUCGCAGCCAGCGAUGGAGGCGAGACCCCACAGUAACAGAGGCGGUGGCGACGGCGGUGGCUACUGGGUUUCAGCGUUCUCCCGGCAGCGUCUCUAAGAAGCGCAGCGGAACUCGACCCAACUCAGCCCAGUUGCUUACUCCUUGCCCAGGGCCGUAGCUUCCACCUGCACUUUCUAGGCAUCAUGGCAACUUCAUCUGAAGAAGUUUUGCUGAUUGUGAAGAAGGUGCGUCAGAAGAAGCAGGAUGGAGCUUUAUACCUCAUGGCAGAAAGAAUCGCUUGGGCACCUGAAGGCAAAGAUAGAUUUACAAUCAGCCAUAUGUAUGCAGAUAUUAAAUGCCAGAAAAUCAGUCCAGAAGGAAAAGCUAAAAUUCAGCUUCAGCUGGUGUUGCAUGCAGGGGACACAACUAACUUCCAUUUUUCCAAUGAAAGCACAGCUGUGAAAGAGCGAGAUGCAGUGAAAGACCUUCUCCAGCAGCUGCUGCCCAAAUUCAAGAGGAAAGCGAAUAAAGAGCUGGAAGAGAAAAACAGAAUGCUGCAAGAAGAUCCUGUUUUGUUUCAGCUUUAUAAAGACCUUGUUGUGAGUCAAGUGAUCAGUGCUGAGGAAUUCUGGGCCAGUCGUUUAAAUGUGAAUGCAACAGAGAGUUCUACAUCCAAUCAUAAGCAAGAUGUUGGCAUUUCUGCAGCAUUUCUGGCUGAUGUCCGGCCCCAAACAGAUGGAUGUAAUGGUCUGAGAUACAAUUUAACCUCUGAUAUCAUUGAGUCCAUAUUUAGGACGUAUCCAGCAGUAAAAAUGAAAUAUGCAGAAAAUGUUCCCCACAACAUGACAGAAAAGGAAUUUUGGACACGUUUCUUUCAGUCCCAUUACUUUCACAGGGACCGGCUGAAUACAGGGUCCAAGGACCUCUUUGCAGAAUGUGCCAAAAUAGAUGAAAAAGGGUUAAAAACAAUGGUUUCAUUAGGAGUGAAAAACCCACUACUUGAUUUGACAGCUUUGGAAGAUAAACCAUUAGAUGAGUGUAUGGUACUCACGAGGAAUAAAGAUGGACGCUGUAAAACUGAAAUAGGAAGUGAGAAAGAUGGCAGGAAGAGGAAAACCACUCUGUGUGUCUUCAUUUUUCAGGUUCUCUCAAGUAGUGCUGCCAGUGGUACGAUCCCAACACUGUCACCCGGAGGGGCACUCAUGCAGGGGGGCGCUCAGCAAGCCGUAAACCAGAUGGUGCCAAAUGAUAUUCAGUCUGAAUUGAAACAUCUUUAUGUGGCUGUUGGGGAACUUCUACGGCACUUCUGGUCCUGCUUUCCUGUUAAUACGCCAUUCCUAGAAGAAAAGGUAGUAAAAAUGAAAAGUAAUUUGGAACGAUUUCAAGUUACGAAGCUCUGCCCAUUCCAAGAAAAAAUCCGGAGACAGUAUUUAAGCACAAAUUUGGUAAGUCACAUUGAAGAGAUGCUGCAGACGGCCUACAACAAGCUCCACAAGUGGCAGUCGCGGCGUCUGAUGAAGAAAACGUGAAGUAUCUGUGGCUCUCGCAGGCUCUGUGAAAUUAAGAGAACUGUGACCUGCAGUGACUCUGGAAACCUGGCCUGAGACAUGCCAAUGAUCACCCAGAAGUGACAAACAUCUGCCCCAUGCCAGCUCUUGGAGCUGGUGCUGUUGUACUUGCACAUUGUGAACUGAAAGGAAAGGAACUGUGACUAAACUCAAAGCUGGGGAGGUAAAUUAAGGCAGAACCAAAAUGAGCUAAGUUGCAGGUAUAUAUAUAUAUAUGUAUACGUGUAUAUACACAUAUAUACAUAUACACAUAUAUAUUUUAAAGAGACACUGUUUACUGCAGUUACUCAGGAACUGCUUUUGAUUCACAUUAAGCUGCUUUCAGAAAUUAAAAAAAAAAACUUUUUAAAAGGGUGCAUUGAUAAAAUCUGAGGUUUUUGUUUUUUCUUUGUAAAUUUUUUUCCUAAGUUUAUGGCACAGGGUACACCUUAAGUAUUUCUCCUCCAUCCUCCACUUGGAUCCUCAAGCUGUACUGAAUUCUAGUUGUACCUUACAUCAGCAAGUUAAGAGAGUACUUUAAAGUAAAGCAGAAGGAGACUGUUGCUCAACCAUCAGGAAACAGUUAUAGUCAGAAGACAUCAUUGGUCCUGUGUUUCCUACGGAAAUAAGAAACAAUAAAUGUUGCACUGAAUGUUUGUGGUUUGGAGUCCCUAAAAGAUUAAGAGGGAACAUACUUGCAGAAAGUUGCGUGGGGUUUUUUUAUGCAGAAUUUUGUCAGAAGACAAUGGCGCUGCAUGUUUUUCUUUGAGUGCAAAUGUACAUUGCUAAGAUUUUUUUUUUUAAGAUGGCAUGUGCUUUGAAAAGAGGAAAUUGCAUUUUUAAGAGUUUAAAAAAUCUUACGAGUGAAAAAUAUAAGAAAUCUUACUUAUUUUCACCUCUUUAGAAAAAAAUAAAAGAUGUUUCUCAUAUCUCCUUUUCUCCAGUAUCUGACUGUUAUUGUCCUUGGCGAAUCGAUAAUCAUUGCAUAGUGACUGAAAAGCCUAAAUGCAAAAAAAAAAAAAAAAAAA